CCUCCUCCCUUCCCCUCCUACAGGCCGCCGCCGCCCGCGGGUGAGCUGCUGCCCCUCUGAGCAGGCGCCGGGGCUGUGGGGAGCGGUUGCUAGGGUCCGCUGUCCCCUCAGCCUGGGCCCCGGGGCCCGUGCUCCCCUGUGGGGCUCAGCUGGUUCAGAGGGUGAUACUGGAGUAACACAAUCUCAGUCCGGUGUUCAAAAUGGCCUUUCGGUUGUUCUGAGCAAAGGAGUUUUGGGAAAGCCCCUUUAAACUCAGUGAAAGUGAAACCAUCUCAGGGACGCUUGUGCUCAUUGCUGGGAACAUCACUGGGAACAUCACUCGAAUGGCACAAAAGAAGUAUUUAAUAGCAAAGCUGACAAGUUGCUUAAGAGAAGACAAAAUUCAGCUAUGGAAACCACCAUAUACAAAUGAUAGAAAAGAAGCUGGUGAAGAGAUGAAGGAGCUUGUACAGAAAUAUUCGUCCAAGCUGAAAAUCAAUGAGAAUGAUGCAGAGAAUAUGCUGGAAGAAAUACGAUGUAAAGCAAUUGAGCGUGGAGCAGGAAAUGAAAAUUAUAAAGUGACUGGGAUUGCAAGACUUGAUAUACAUCUGCCUCGUAGAAAAAGCAGAAAAGUCCCACUGGAAACUAGCCUGUUCAUCACUGGCAAGGAGCUCAGAUCACAGAUUGCACAAGAACAUGCAUUACAAGAAAAUGCUAUCAAAAUAAUCAUAAAUAAGAAGCAGCUUGACCUGGGAAAAACCCUUGAAGAUCAAGGUGUAACACACAAUGCAAAAGUGAUGGUACUUCAACUGGAACAGAGUGACGAGGAAACUAAAAGAAAGGUUCAGGAAGAAGAGCUGCAACGCAAGAAAGAAAAAGACAUCAGUGACAAGAUGCAAAGAACUAGGAAAGGUUUGGAAAUCCUGGCAGAGAGAGAGGAGUACUUGGAUCCGGAUACUACUCCAUAUCUAGAUAUAGCUAAUCAGACUGGGAGGUCAAUCGAGAUUCCUCCUCAAGCCAAAAAAGCACUCGUGCUGGCAAUGGGUUAUCAUGAAAAGGGCAGAGCAUUAAUGAAGAAGAAAGAAUAUGAAAUAGCACUGCCGUAUUUGCUGGAUGCUGAUAAACACUUCUGUGAGUGCAGCACCGAGCUGCUGAACACGGUUGAUAACUAUGCAGUACUGCAGCUCGAUAUAGUGUGGUGCUACUUCCGCCUGGAACAGCUGGACUGCCUGGAUGAUGCAGAGAAGAAGCUGGCCACAGCCCACAGAUGCUUCCAGAGGUGCUAUGGGGAGAACCAUGAAAGACUUAUUGAUAUCAAGGGAAGCUAUGGCCGUGAGAAGGUUUUAUUUCUACGGCUUUACCUUCUUCAGGGAAUAGGACACUAUCACAGUGGCAGAGAAAAGGAGGCUGCUGAGUACAUCCAGAAGGCAUCUCGUUUAUAUGAAGAGCUGUACAUAGAUCCGGAAAAAGUUUAUCGCCUGUCACUCCUGGGAUUUUCUGAACAGGAAGCUCGCCUUGCCCUGCGAGCCUGCCACGGGAAUGUGGAGCAUGCUGCCAAUCUUAUUACCAACAGGAGAGAGGAAAAGGCACAGAUAAGGAGGGAGGAGAGAGCUAAAAGAAGGCAGAGACUGGAAGACAUAAACACCUUGAAAAGUAUGGGCUACUCAGAGCGAGCUGCUCAAGUAGCCCUUCAUCAUGCACAAGGAAACCUGGACCAAGCUUUUAAGUUUAUUCUGGACAAUCCAGAGUUGUUGUUGGAAAACGAUGAUGACGAUUCUGUGGCCUCGGACCAGUUUCAGGUUUCCCAAGAAAGUAUUGACCAACUGAUGUAUAUGGGAUUCAGCCACGAGUCAGCAAAGCAAGCUUUAAAGGUCUUUAAAGGCAACAUCCACUUAGCUUCCCAGACACUGGCUCAUUAUGGGGGAGUUCUGCCAGAUUCCCUUCAGCUAUCACCAGAGGGGUCCAGUCCGUCUGAGGAAUCAACUUCAUCUAAAGACUCACCCACAGAGUCUGCAAGUUCUUCUAGUUCGCCAACAGAUGAAGACAUGGAGACUGAUGCAGUCAAUGAAAUCCUAGAGGAUAUUCCUGAACAUGAGGAGGAUUAUCUGGAUUUAACACUGGAGGAGGAGGAACAGAUCAUUCACGAAUACUUAUCCUACAUAGAAGUACCACAGCAUUAAAUCUCAUUACCUUGACUUCAGUUACACGCUUCUCCCUUGACAAAUUGAGUUUGGAUUAUAAAUGCAUCUUCAGCUUAUUUCUUACUAAACGCCUUGAAGUCAGUUAAGCUGUAGGUGAAACACGUAAUUCCUGCUUAUUUAUAAAUCUGCUUAAAGCCUAAUGUGUGCUACACUGUAACUUAUUGUCAUAGCAAAAAGAUAGAAACAUUUAUUUUCCAAAGAAAAUUUAAUAGAACUUAACUAUAUUUUUAUUGUGAAAUAAGUCGAUUCACUUAGCAUACAGGCAAAUAAGCAUUUCUCCACCCUUUUAAAAUACCAGCUUUAAGGCAAUGUUUGUAAAGGAGAGACCUGGCUAAUGAGGUUAUAGAGGUGUCCACCUCCAUACUGUUUUUUUUUUUCAGCUGGAAGACUUGGAGGAGUCAUUUACAUGUCUGUUGUGCAUGGAUUUAUGCUGCAUUCUGCUUGUCGCUUCGUGCAGGUGUUACACAGGCAAUAAAGGUUACUAUGUGCUGCUUCAGCUUUUAGUAA